CAGGCAGCAGCGGACCCUGCCACUCUUCCACUCUCUAAAUUCCCAAUUCCCCACAAACCCUAAGAAAUCCACAGUAAGAAACACAAAGAGAGAGAGAGAGAGAGAGAGAGCGAGAAAUCAUCAAAAUGGCGAUCAAGCGGCUUCUCUCUCUAGCUCGCCGGUCCCACAAGCCAUCAUCUUCUUUCACCACGGCCCGAUCAUCUUCCUCCGCCGUCUCUCCACUCGCCGCCACCGCCUCUUCCGAGCCUCCGAAACCCUCCCCUCCUUCCCCGACCGCCAUGAUCUACGACCGAUUAGCCCUCUCCGUCAAAUCAAAGCUCCAGAAACUCGAAAACCCAGAUCCCCGUUUCCUCAAAUACGGUUCUCCUCACCCAACCGUAGCUUCCCACACCCACAUCCUCUCUUCCCCCGAAACAAAAAUUACAACUUUGCCCAACGGCCUCCGCGUUGCCACUGAAUCUACUCUGUCUGCCCACACGGCCACGGUUGGGGUCUGGAUUGAUGCGGGGUCGAGAUUUGAGACCGAUGAGACAAAUGGGACGGCGCAUUUUCUGGAGCAUAUGAUAUUUAAAGGGACGGAGAAGAGGUCUGCGAGGGAAUUGGAGGAAGAGAUUGAGAAUAUGGGUGGGCAUUUGAAUGCUUAUACUUCGAGGGAACAGACGACUUAUUACGCGAAAGUUAUGGAUAAGGAUGUGUUUAAAGCGUUGGAUAUUUUGGCUGAUAUUUUACAGAAUUCGAAGUUCGAGGAACAUAGGAUUAGUAGGGAAAGGGAUGUGAUUCUAAGGGAAAUGGAGGAGGUUGAAGGUCAAACAGAGGAAGUUAUUUUUGACCAUUUGCAUUCAACUGCGUUCCAAUACACUCCUCUUGGUAGAACUAUUCUCGGACCUGCUGAAAAUAUUAAGACAAUCACCAAAGAGCAUCUCCAGAACUAUAUUCAGACACACUACACUGCUCCUAGAAUGGUCAUUGCUGCUUCUGGAGCUGUUAAGCAUGAGGAAGUUGUUGAGCAAGUAAAGAAGUUGUUUACCAAGUUAUCAGCUGAUCCAACCACUGCUUCUCAGUUAGUUGCGAACGAACCAGCUACUUUUACUGGUUCUGAGGUUAGAAUGAUCAAUGAUGAUAUUCCUCUAGCACAAUUUGCGGUUGCUUUUGAGGGAGCAUCUUGGACAGAUCCAGAUUCCAUUGCACUAAUGGUUAUGCAGGCAAUGCUUGGUUCAUGGAGCAAAAAUGCUGGGGGUGGAAAGCACAUGGGCUCUGAGCUGGCGCAAAGAGUUGGCAUUGAUGAAAUUGCAGAAAGCAUGAUGGCUUUCAAUACGAACUACAAAGACACUGGUCUUUUCGGUGUCUAUGCUGUUGCCAAGCCUGAUUGUUUGGAUGAUUUGGCAUAUGCUAUUAUGUAUGAGACAACCAAGCUAGCUCAUCGUGUUUCAGAAGCUGAUGUCAUUCGUGCUCGUAACCAGUUGAAGUCAUCCUUGAUGCUUCACAUAGAUGGAACUAGUCCUGUAGCUGAAGAUAUUGGGCGCCAGCUACUUACAUAUGGUCGGAGAAUCCCAUUUGCUGAACUAUUUGCUAGGAUUGAUGCUGUUGACCCAAGCAGUGUUAAACGUGUUGCAAACCGAUAUAUCUAUGACAGGGAUAUCGCAAUUGCUGCCAUGGGCCCCAUCCAAGGUUUGCCGGACUACAACUGGUUCAGACGCAGAACCUACUGGAACCGUUAUUAGAUUGUUUUCCGUUUCCUUGUUUGUCCAUGGAUCAUCUCCUUGUUGGGCAAUCACCAAACAUUUUGGCACUUUUACACAACCAAAAGUUUCCGGAAACACCCAAGGGUGGCAUUUCUAUUCAUUUUGUAGGUUCUUGGUUCUGUAACUUUUGUUGUUAUUCUGUAAUAAGCAUGCUGUCUUCAGUGUAUGUGCUGAGAAUCAGGAGAAAUUCUUUUGCAAAACAAGGUAAAUGAUGCCGUAAUGUUGAUAAAUUGAGUUGCAUUUAUAUAGUUGGAUCUUAGCUCUAAA